GUAGGUCAGAGGCAGUUGGUAUGUCUGGCGCGGGCUAUACUGCGGCACAAUAGGGUACUAGUGCUGGACGAGGCGACCGCUAAUGUUGACCAUCAAACCGAUGCCUUAAUUCAGACCACAAUUCGUCACAAAUUCAGUGACUGUACUGUCCUUACGAUCGCUCACAGACUCAACACUAUUAUAGAUUGCGAUCGCGUUUUGGUGUUAGACGCGGGAGAGAUCAUAGAGUUUGACGAGCCGUUUGUUUUACUGCAACGAAAGGGCCGGUUGUAUGACAUGUGCCGCAAGACUGGGAAACAUAUGUUCAAUCAUUUACUAAAUAUGGCUAAAAAAUCACAUCUUAAGAGACUUAAUACCACACAAGUAGACGACGAGGACAGGGAUCGGGAGUGUAACACUGAUAACGAGAUACCUAUGAAUGCAAUGCCUGACCGUAACAGACAAUCGCCGGACAAUAACAGUACGAAUGAGACCACUACUAGUGACGGAUCAACUAAUAGGACUGCCAACACAACACCGGCGAUUCCGCCACUGUCUGCCGGACACGUCCAGCAAAACAAUGAGCCGACAAUUGUUGGCCCAAACCGAGUGGCUUUGAAGUCGACUCAAACGAUUGACAGCACAGCGUCGACACCACCGGCGGACUCACUGGUUGUAUCGGACGAGAGAUCUACCCUUAAUUCUACUACUAAUGGCUCAGCACAGGUUAAGUGUUUGCAACCAUGUUCAAUAUGGGGCAUCACGUGGACAUGCUUAUUCAUAGGGCUAUGCGUGUUGGACGUUGGCAGCGAUUAUGGGCAGGCAUUCAAAUAUUAUCUCGAUCAAAAAUAUUUGUAUUGCGCGCUGACUCUGGCGUUCUCACUGAUACCCUCGUUGAUUGUAACGAUAAAUAUACGACGCAUGGAUGACAAUACCAGCGAGAACUUCCCUGUCUGGUCGACCCAACACAUUACCAGCGCACCCGACACCGGGCCCGACACUGUGACGCCCCCCGUCUGGUAUCGCUAUACACGCACUUUAUUAAUGUGGGCACAAUUGGCACCGGUUCAGCAAAAUAUCGAUAUAUUACUGCACCAACUGAACACCAGGCAACAAUCUAGGUCGCGUGAAUCGAGACAAAUGAAUUUAAACGCGGUGCAACACAAAAGCACCGAGAUGGUCAGUUUAAUGCUCGUGGUUUGCUUCCUGGAGGAUGUGCCUCAGCUCGUGCUCCAGCUCUAUAUCGUGGCUAAGGAUAAGCCACAGACCGUCAGUUUAUGGACUAUGUUGUGUAUAUUAAGCUCAUUGGUGUCUCUCUCAAAGUCACUGGUGUCGUACGAGUCCAUACAAAUACCCUACAAGAACGCGCAGGAGUAUUACGAUAAUUCUGUAUGUCUAUUUAUCAUCGUGGUGGCCCGUAUUUUAGCCCUAGCGCUGUUUGCCAGCGUAUUCACAUUUUACCUGGUUGCAUUUUGUAUCGGCCAUUGGCUAAUUAUGUUUAUCGGGAUAGUCUGUCUUAAUAGAGUUACCUCGUUGAAAGAACUUGGAUCUACGGCCUAUUUAGCCUACGUGCUGAUAUUUUGUUACCAUAAUCCACGUGGUAGUAGUAGACUAUAUAACAUGCGAUCGAUAUAUUACAUCAUUGUAUUUAUCGAGAAUUGUUUAUUAACGUACGUUUGGUACGGCCAGUGUCCGGACGAUCGGUGGUAUAAAACGGUCGCAGUGUUGCCGACUAUGUUCUGCUUUUUUAUUGGAAACAAUGCUCUGUCUAGUAUCAUGGACAUUUGGAAGCGUGACACUGGCCCGCCGGCCACCAGCUCACCAAAUAAAUGUUCAAUACUGGUCACAAUGGCUACUCAGGCCAAGUGCCAUAACAAACAUAGUAACGAAACCAGUGCUAUGAUUGUCAACACAUCAUUGACACCACCGGCGGCUGCGACUCCGCCACUGCCGACAAACGGCCAACAAAACAAUGACAACAAUCUGAAUGAGAGCACUAGUGGUUGGGUCGUCGGUCUCACGGGUUUCAGCAUAACAUUGGCGACACCGGCGGCGCCACUGCCUACAGGCAAUGGCCAGCAAAGCAAUGGUCAGCAAAACAAUGGGCCGGAAAUUGUCGCAAACCGGCCAAUAUUGGUGGCCAAACGCCGACUGACCACAGGGUCGACACCGACUGCGCCCCUGAUUCAGGCCCCCAGCGAACUGCCCCCAUCGGCCACACCAUUUUCCGACUGGGACAAAUUCAUGGCAAGAUAUUCUAUCGUGAUAUACGCGCUGGACGUGGGCAGCGAUGUUUACCUGGUUGGCAAACAUUCAUUUAAUCACGACUGGUGGCAUCUGAUGACGUGGACACAAUUGGGACCGUUUCAACGAUAUCGGGAGAUAUUAGACCAUGAAAUGUCUCGUUUGAGACUCAUUGAUACCUUCAUGGAAUCGGCGCCUCAGCUCGUGUUGCAGAUUGGGUGCCUAAAUCAAUGCACUAAACUUGCCGAUUUUAAGUGCAAACACUAUCGAAGUGGAGCUUAUUUAGCCUACGUGCUGACAUUUUGUUACCACGAUUCGUGUGGCAAAUUAACCGGCCAGCAAAAUUGCGCUUUGCUUGGCUUGUGGUACGCGUAUUGUCCGACCGGGUGUGUAUUAUAUACGUUUGGAUCGCCGCACGUUAUAUGUGCCACAAGUGGCCAACGCGAC